AUGGAGACCAGGGCGCAGACGUACUUGGAUAGCCUCAUCGCCUCGCUGCGUGCCGCCGGGCGCACAGAGACAGCAGACGUAUUGGCACGCGCAAAAGAUGAGCUUCAGCGCUCGCAGUGGUGCGAGAUGACGGACUAUUUGCUGUUGGCCAUACGUGACCCGCUUGUGCUGGAGUCUGCCUAUGAUCUUCACGAAAACGUGCUCAAGGUGACGCGGAUGGAUAUGUCCCCCAUGGCGUAUGUGAAGCUGCUUCACUGUAUCUGCUUCAGCCCCAAUAGCACCUUCGAAAAGGCACUCGACCUGAUCGAAGGCGCUGCUCUCUCGCUUGCAGCGAACUCCUCAGAGCAGGGUGAGAAUGCAGCGAGCUGCAUUCGUGCUUUACUACUAUUGGAUAGGAACAAUAACGGUAAAUCGUCGAACGCUGGAGCCUCUGCCCAUCAGGCACGCUGCAUCCUUGACGCGGUGGAGAGCUUCAUCCACACGAAACAGAUGCAUGAGGUGGAGCCUGUUUUAGCCGCAUUGCACUGUCAGGCACGUGGAAAGGACUACGAGAUUCGCCAGCAGUACACGAAGUUUUACCAGAACGCGUUUGAAACUGUAAAGAGUGCGGAGCGGGCGGAGAUGCCGAUCAUAGAGAGCGACAUGAUGGAACUUGUCAAUACCACUGCCAUCGCCGCGCUGCUCUCGGAGGAGACGUACAACUUUGGCAAGCUCCUAAAUGACAGCCACUUCACGGAGCGGCUGGCGAACUCGAAGAGGCAUGCGUGGAUACUCGAGUGGCUUCGUCUCUGCAAUGACGGCAAGGUGGAGGCGUUUGAGCAGUACGCUGCCGCCCACAAGGCGCAGAUUGAGGCCUACCCUGCCUUGUCCGAGGCCCUCCCGUCGAUCAUGCGUAAGGUGCGGCUGAUGGCGCUCCUGCACCUCGUGUUCUACACACCGUUCAACGAGCGCACCUUCACCUUCGAUGUGAUAGCGCGGCGCUGUGCGGUGGCGGAAGACCGUGUGGAGCCGCUGCUGCUGGCGGCCCUCGCGCAGGGUGUUGUCAUGGGCAAGAUUGAUGGCCUCACGAACGAGGUGCACAUCACGUGGGUGGAGCCGCGUGUGCUGAGCCUGCAGGAGGUUAAGGAACUUGCGGUACACGUGUCGCGGUGGAAGGAGAAGGUACUGGGCCUCUCGCAGUACGUAGCGAAAAUCGCCCAGGAGACACCUAACUAG